AUGAAGAGUCUAUCUGCUGAAACAAGCCGAACCUUGGCCGAAAGUUUCACUGAGGAUAUCGUCGUCGAGAUACUCUCGAGGCUACCGAUCAAGUCUUUGAUGCGAUUCAAAUGCGUCAAUAAGCGGUGGCGGUGUCUAAUUUCUGACCGGGGCUUUGCCAAGUUGCAUUUGCAAAGGCUAAACGCAGGGGAUAUAACUCCUAGCCAGAGAAUCGUCAAGAGCAGCCCCCUUGAGACCAUAGACUACGAACUACUUGAUGGUGGCAUUGGUGGCGAUGAAGGUAGCGCAGGGGUAAAGCAUCGUGAGCCAAGAAUGGACGAUCCUAGCUGGGAGCCUGAUCUCGUGGGGUCAUGCGAUGGCUUGGAAUCGAACUCUACACCGAAUAUGUCCUUGCCAAGAGUUUUCCGCAGUUGA